ACCAGAGAUUGCAUGUGCAAACCUGGCAGUCGUCGUCGCCAGCCACUUACAACAAAUCACUCUUAAUAGACCUCACCUCACCACUGCUCUUCUCCUCCUCUAAUAUUGGGACUCAUCAUCAAAUCUUCAUGCAGAAUAUUUGUUCUUGAAGUUCUCCAAGAAGCAUACUACCGAUCCUCUUAUUCCGCAUUACCCAUUACGUCAGGGCGCAUCGAUAUCAGAUCUAGGACUGCUUAAGUCGCAACCCUCAACAUGGCGCUAGGUUUGCCCAGCUCCGGGGUUAUCCUCAUAUUAUGCUUCAUACUCCUCGUCCUUCCUUCUCCAGUGGCCGCUUUUGGUGCUGGAAACAUCCCAAGUAUUGCUUCGGUUGAAGGCGUAAAUUUUCGACAUGGAGGUAGGAGGGGUUAGGUCCCCGUUCUAGACCAUAGCUGAUGAAAAACCAGAUAUUGAGGAUUUUCUUAAGACCAUUGCCUUUAUAAAGGGCCACAAAUGGACUUCUAUGAUGGUCAGGCGUGUUUACUUUGGCAACUGGCUCAGAGAUUAUUCACAAGCGGUUGAUACUGGAAGUUUGAAGGGUGUCUCUGCGCCAACUAUUAGAAUCCUGGUAUGAGUUACUUUAUGGACUUCCAUAUAUGAAGGAAACGCUAAGACUCCAUAGGUUUGGGUCCUAAGUUUCUUGUCGUUCGGUUAUGCUACAGAGGAAUUUGAAGUUACUGAAGAGCGACUUGGAGUUUAUCGACCCGAGGAACAUAUCGACAACCCAAAGGAUUGUGAGUGUCUUUUUCCAUUUUCAACUAAAUGCUUCAUCAAAUUUCUGUACGUGUCAAUAUUCAAAUGAGAAAAGCCUAUGGGGGAAGGAUAUUCAGUUAUAUGCUCAGUUAUGAAGCUUGGCUAUCACAUUUCUAUGGGUUAGCAAAGAGCACGCGACAAGGUCAUUGCUCUUCGUAUACCAUUGAACGCCAAAGACAGGCACAAGCGACUUCAAUAUCCACGCAUACUUGGAUCUAGGAAAACUUGAAAAGCGCAAAUCAAACCAAGUGAUUCAGAUAAUCAAUUUGGUUGUGCGAGUAUUUCAUAACAAAGAUAAUUUUGUCUCAAUUUAAGAGUCCCUAGAGCAAUGACUACAUGUCUUCCCCUCUCUUCUGCCUUUCUAUUGUUAAUUCUUCAUCCACGAAAAUAGCCAUUGUGUGAACCCUUUGUCAAAACUAAUUGUUUGUGCAGACAACGACAACAAGGAUGCCAGAGAGGCAGAUCCUCGUCUUAGAGGUCCUAUUGACCCCACAGAGCUCGAAGUUGACCCGGAAACUGGUAUGAAGAAUUACAUUGCCAAUGAAAGGGGCCACUGGGCUACUAGUACUGGUUAUAUCAAAUUCAGUUUUGCCCGAAGUAUUCAUUUUGGGAGACUUUAUACCAAUGGAUCCGGAAACUCUCGAGGCAGAGAAGAGGAUCUUUGCGAAGCUCUUAGGUUGGUACCUAGUACGCAAUCAACAAGACAUGCUGACGCGAAAAAACAGAUGCCUUGGCCAAGCUCUACAUUGUAUGGAGGUAAGCAGAGUAUUGCUGGCAUAGAAUACUCCAUCACUGACUAUUUUCAAGGAUUUCGGAGCUCACACCAACUACUGUGAGCUUGCCCUUCGUGAACUUGGUCUUCAUGAUGUCUUUCCACACACAGGUACUGCUACACAAAUGAACGUUAGAGGUCAUCACAUUUAUCCACUUGUCACUGGGACAUUUGGUGGAGUUGACUUUUUGCAUUCGGUCCUUGGAGAGGCAAAUGAUCAUUUCACCCAAACAGAAGUUGAGGAAAUGGAUUUGGCUCUCAAAGGUGCCCAACAAUCUUCAGCAGGGAAUUCAACAUUUGGUGUUCAAAAUUUCUGCGGCCUCCUGUCUCAAGUUCCGGGACUUGGGGGUGGUCUCGCAUCCACUGCAAGAGAAUUGCAACAAGCAUCUGCCGCAGAAGAACAACGAACCCGAUCUUCAGUUAAAACAGAAUUCCAAGGACCUCCAGGUUCCAGCACUGGUCCACCAGGACCUGGUGUUCCAGGAAUGAGUCCAGAUUUCGACCCUGUUGCUACCGCCAAGAAGAUUUAUCCAAUUCUCGAGUUCAGAGACAAGGUUGUACGAGCCAUCAGUGCGACUAUUGCAAAGAUUCCUGGCUUGGAGGCUUUAGUGGAUAAAAUAAGCGAGACACUUACUGUCUUCGUCUUGUCUCUUCUUGCGCCUUUCAUUAGACCUAUCAUUGAUGCUGUCUCAAAGUCUUUGAAGGAAGGGUCAAGCACUGUUGUCGAAGCAAGGUAUGUACUUUCCUUAUUUUUAUUAUUGUAGAUACUGACAUUUGGAUAGUGCCAAUCAACAAUUCGAGCCUUGGAAUGAUCCUCACUGCACAAAUCCAACACAUUCCAUGCUGUCAAAAGAUCAUUUCACAAACGUCUUGAACGGAUGUGCUGGCCGUGUUGCUACAACCAUUCUUCAAUAUGUUGCUCCGUAAGUAUAAGAUUCUUUAUCCCUUACCAACUAUUGCUGAUAAAACCUAGCCGAAUUCUCUACGCCUGGCAAAAUCCAGGUGUCCCAGUUGAUGAAGUGAUGCAUGAUAUCUGUCGAGCAUUCCAUCACCCGGCUCUCCGGGAUGAAGGCAUUGAAAUCCACCGAAACAUGUUCCAAACUGUCAGAAAAUGGAUGGAUGGGCAACCAAAUCGUCACGAACUUAAUCAAGUAUUGAAUUCUCAAUCAGUCAAGGCUGGUCAUAACCAUAAGGGAGGAUCAGAUAAGGGAAUUGAAUCUUCCCACUCUCGUAAGUCUUGCCUUUCAGGCGUAUUGAUGAUCACAGCAUACGCCCCCAAGAUGCGAUCCAAGCAAUAAUUUUAGACCCUUCAACAAUUAAAUAGUUUCUUCGGAAUCUUCAAGCUAACAGCCAUUUAGACGGCGCUCUAGGAGGCCACGGCAAAACAACAGGCUCAAUCUGGACUGAAAUCCAAUCCCGCGAUCUCGGCUCCCUCUCAGGCGACGAUUUCAAUCCUUCAUACUCAUACAUAGACUCAUCCUCCUCCCGUCCUGGAUCAUCCUCGAGCAGUGGCCAUCCCGUCCACGAUUACGGAUACGCAAAUCAUGGACACAGCCAAGGACAAGGCCACAGACCAACCGCAUCCCAAGAUGUGGGGUAUCUAAGUUCCGCACCACCUCACACCACCUACGGCGGCCAACAGCAAUACGGAGGAGGCUAUGAUGCCGCUCCUUCUUAUGGAGGUUCACAGCAACAGUACGGGGGAGGAGGGUAUCAAGGUGGAUACGGAGGACAACCACAGUAUUCCCAGCCUCCUCAAUACGGAGGACAGGGCCCACCGUAUCCAGGUGCUUAUGGGCAAGGUCCUCCUCCGGGUCAGUAUGGAGGACCUCAACCCCCUUAUCCAGAUGCGUAUGGACAGGGACCGCCGCAAGGUGGUUGGCAACAGGGACUACCGCAGGGACAAUACCCUCCGCAGCAACUGCCUUAUGGUGGUUACCCGGGGCCGGGGUAUGAUGGGAGGUAUUAAGUGUUAGGACCUUUUUCGUCGAGGGUUCGCUUGAGGGUGGGCAUUAUAGAUUGAUGGAUUAGUGGAAGUGGACGGGGGGUUGCAAUGCCCGAUUUUCCACAAAUUUACGUUUUCGAGCGUUGCUUUGGUGUGAUGGAAGGGUGGAGGUAGGUUACGAUGUUGCUGCUGCUGAUGAAGAUGUGUUACUACUUGGGCAUAGCUACUUUGCAUCUGUGGAAGGGAGAAUUUGCAGUUACGUUACCAACAAGUGAAAUAUAUCAAUUGCUUUAACAGCAGCUAUCUAUGCAGGUCACGUAGGUACGGCAAUAUAGAAUACUAGUAGCAACAUGAGGUCCUUCACCGAAACUAGAUGCCCUAAUGAAAGAAAGAAC